AUGAAUCCGAAGAUGCCAAUUCUCCAGACCGAGCAACUUCUGCCCUCAGUCGAGGAACAUACCCGCAGAACAAUCAAAACCCUCUUCAGUUUCCUGGACGCGCAAGGACAAGGUGACUACCUCGGUGAAAGAGUGACGCAGCUGGAACACUCGCUCCAGUGCGCAAGCCUUGCGUCUCAGUCCGCAGAACAUGGACAUGACACUGAAGUCGUCCUUGCCGCCCUUUUGCACGAUGUCGGACGCUUCAUUCCAGCCGCCGAGAAGAUGGGUAAGAUGGUCACGCCAGAUGGCCAGUACAUUGGUCGGCAAAGCCAUGAGAUUCUUGGAGAAGCUUAUCUGCGACAAAUUGGAUUCAGCGAGAAGGUCUGCCAGCUUGUCGGGGCGCAUGUCAUGGCGAAGCGGUACCUGGUUGCCACGGAUCAGGGAUACCAUGAUGGGCUGAGUGAGACUAGGGGUGGGUUUACACUUGAGGAGGUCCGAAAAGCGCAAGAGGACCCUUUGCUUGCGGCUAAGCUCGCUGUCAGGCGAUGGGAUGACCUCGCCAAAGUGCCCGAAUGUGUGGUGCCUCCACUGCAAGCUUACGAAGAAAUGGCCUUUGAAUGUCUCCUUGAGUCUCGUUCAAAGUUCAAGCUCCACUCGAGGGAAUACAAUGUACCAACAUCACGAACAGUGGUGAUUUGCAUCGAUGGAUUUGAUCCGGAAUACCUACAGUCCGGUAUCGAACGGGGUCUUUUGCCGACAUUCAAGGGAUUGAUGGACAAUGGCUUCCAUGCGACGGCCAAAAGCUGCAUGCCCUCGUUCACCAACCCGAAUAAUGUAUCGAUCAUUACAGGAGCACCACCGUCUAUCCAUGGAAUUGCAGGGAACUUCUUCCUAGAUAGAGAAACAGGCGAAACAAAGAUGGUCACCGAUGAUUCCCUGCUUCGAGGCUCGACAUUGCUGGAGCAGAUGGCCCAACGCGGUGUACGCAUUGCUGCGAUCACAGCGAAAGACAAGCUGCGUAAAAUCCUUGCGCACGGAUUAAAGGGGUCUAUCUGUUUCUCGUCGGAGAAAGCUGCAGAAUGCACCGUUGAGGAGAACGGGAUUACUGAUGUCGAGAACUGGCUCGGUCAGACCGCGCCUAGUCAAUACUCUGGAGAUCUGUCUUUGUUUGUGCUUGAUGCAGGAGUGAAAUUACUUCAGGAAAAGAGAUCGGACUUUUUGUAUCUGACUUUGUCAGACUUUGUCCAGCAUAAGCAUGAACCAGGAAGCAAAGAGGCUGAUGAUUUCAUGGGAGCGAUUGACCAACGGUUACAGAAGCUCGCUGCUUUGGCUCCCGUGAUUGGUAUCACUGGAGACCAUGGCAUGAGCCAGAAGUCCAAUCAGUCAGGAGAGCCAAAUGUCCUCUUUUUGGAGGAAGUACUCAAUUCCAGAUUUGGAACGCAUGCUUCCAGAGUGAUUUGUCCUAUCACAGAUCCGUUUGUGCGACACCAUGGCGCACUCGGCUCGUUUGUGCGUGUUUAUCUCAAAAAUAUUACACAGAUUGAUGAGAUGAUACGCUUCUGUGAAUCGCUCCCGGAAGUUGAGAUCUCUCUGAACGGUAGGGAUGCCGCACAGAAGUAUGAAAUGCCGCUAGACCGUGAAGGAGACAUCGUCGUGAUAUCGAAAGAGCAUGCCGUUAUAGGGAGUACAAAAGCCAACCACGACCUUUCCAACUUGAAAGAUCAUCCUUUGCGAUCGCAUGGAGGACUGAGUGAGCAAGACGUUCCAGUCAUCACGUCAAAGCCGAUAAGGAAUACCAGCAGUGGAGUGGCCAAGAGCUGGAGGAACUACGACAUCUUUGAUCUAGUGCUCAACUGGUCAAGAUAA